AUGGUGCUGCUGAAGAAGGACCUGACGCCCAGCGACGAGCUGGAGCGCCGUGCCAAGGAGGGCAGGGAGAGCUGCACCGACAUCCUGGACGACGCGUGGAACUGCGUGCGCAUCUUCCAGAAGAUCGAGGAGAACUACGUGUACGGGCGCUUCCAGGAGUGCGCGCCGUUCUACGGCGCCCUGUGGCAGUGCAUCAAGAAGAACAACAUCGACGGCUGGAAGGAGCGCGCCGAGAGGGAGCGGCGUUCCCCGGCGAGCCCUCCACCGCCGCAGUCCACAGCAGCGCACUCCGCGGCCGCCGCCGCGGACUCCGACCUCGAGCUCGCCCGCGCCCAGCAGCGCCGGCGCGCGGGCGCAGCGCCCGCGCAGAGCGGCCCGUCGGUGUCCCACGACCCCGCGACGGGGCCGCUCGGCCCGGCCGGGGCCGCCGGGCUCCAGGUGCCGCCGAGCGAGCGCCCCUGCUACUUCGAGCUGCACAAGGACCGCGAGUCCGCGCGCGAGGCGUGGCUGAAGACGUUUGGGCACCUGGGCAUGGAGAACACCGCGGAGCCUCCGCUCCGGCCCGCGGAGAUGCGGCUCGGACCGAUCGAGUACUCCAAGUUCCUCAUAGACUCGUGGUCGAAGAAGGGCGGCGAAGGCGCCGCGCAGAAGGACGGCGCCUGA